AUGUCGCGCCCGUAUCAGAACCCGUCCUUUAACUCGUCCAAUUCCAACAAUACAUUAUCUCCCAAUCCAAACAGUGAUACCCCUGUCUCCUUCAGAACAAAUGUGAAUCGUUCAAAAACGAAGCGUUGGGUUGAGGCGAAGAAGUACUCGUAUGAUGGGGAUGAUUGGGGCGAGGACGAGUACGGGGAAUAUGAAUAUGAUGACGAUCAAACCCCGCCAGCUGCCUCUCAAACACAUCCAGCGACUGUGAACCAAGGUACUGCAGACACUGCAAGUACCAUCUCCAACGACCCAUCUCAAUCUGCGGCCCCCAGUACAGAUCGUUCGCGUGGGGCAGAUCAGGCGUUGACCGCACCACCGGAAGGUCCGGCGGCCUCUGCCAGCUCCCCAGCUUCAAUCGUACGCCCAGCCGACCUAUACAGACGGAUGCGAGAGGAACAGAGGGGCCAACAACAUGCUCCAGGUAAAUCUUCUUCCAAUGACAUUGCGCCAGCCGUUGCUCCCUCCGUAAACCCGCCCCCUGCCAUCAGCGCCUCUGCUGAGAUCCAGCAAGCUGCGGUGGAGUCUACCCCAGAAGGGAAAUUCGAGGCUCUGGACAGUCCAAAUGUUGCUAUACCCCCAGCAAAUGAGAUUUCAACGAUUUCAUUACCUGAUGUAAAGCGGCUAUCCGGGUUCAGUCCUCAACUCUUUACACAAUCUGAGUCCACAUUCCAAAAAGACCCGGAACCUGAAGCUCAGUCCACUCAGCUACAGCAUAACCCUUCCCUCGGCUUUCGAUCAGCGGUGAAUCAAGCUUUUGACGUCCCCGAGACUCCGAGUACUGUUGCAGAGAGUGUGGUCCGCUCAAACAGCGAUAGCACUGCCGGGAUCAGCCCCAUUAUCACUCGUCGAGCAACGAACGAGGACAAGACACCUACGAUUGAAGAAGAAUCCAAUGAGAACCCGCACGCGCCAUCUGAGGACAACAUUGCGUUUAAACCUGGUCAUCGCCGGGAUUUAAGCCUUCCAAGCCCUGGCAAUAGUCCCUCUAGAACACCGGUAAUUACCAACCCGGACGCGAGUCCUUCCUCGAUGCUGGCGCAGAUUUCUACAAGGACCCCUUCCGACCCUCCCCAGGAUAUCCCAGAAUUGUUUCUGCAACAAUCUUCCCACGCGGAGCUUAUCCAACCUCCUCCAGCCAUCUCGCAGCAAGAUCUACCCGCUCCCCUUAACGUUCAAAUAAAUGUGAUAACGGAUUCCCCCGUAAUAACAUCUGAUGACCAUAUCCCAGCGAUUAUUCCGUCGAUGAGCACGGAUAAUUCACCCCAGGAUACAGAAAAUGACCGGUUGAGGAAAGAGAUUAUCCGCUCUUUGAGCCGAGAAAACACCCCUUCCGAUCAACAAGAGCAGGAUACCCCACCCCAAACAGCCAGACAGGACAGCCUCAUCCCCAGCGAAUAUGAAACAUAUUGGAGCGAACAGCAACCGACCACCCCCCCUCAGGAAGUUCCUGCCCCUGCAUUCAAUCCUCCCCAGACAGCGUCCGAGGUUCUUCCGACCGAGCCUGCUGCUUUAGUUCCACAACAGAAGGCUCCGCCCAAAUUGCAAAGACGCUUUUCAUGGGAAGCCUCAUCUUCAGAUGAGGGUAAUACCCCUGUAGCUCAAGCUCCGUCUCUUCCACCAGCGGCUAUGCCAGGUCAAUUUCCGCUUUCCCAAGAAAGCAUCCAUCAUGAACCAGUGCCCAUGGCCACUCGACAGUCCCUUGAUACAACAGAGUCCAAGGACAGUACUAGCGAUCCUGGCCUUGAAAAGCCAAUUCUCACUAUUGUACCUCCAUUCACCACAGACAGUGCCAGUAUCGCUUCAGGCAGCCAUGCCCCGGAGGUUAUUGAGCCACAAACUGCCGAGGAUGUGUCGCGUGCAGAAGAGGGUCAGCAAUUAAUCUCCGACCAGCAACCUUCGGAACCGCCUACUUCAACCCCGUCAGCAUCAAUUGGAGCAGGUUUGCUGGGCUUCAAGGAUAUCCUUGGUAUACAGUCCUCGGAGGAGCGGGUCAAAGCCUUUAACCGCACCCGAGACCAGUUUGCGACUAUCGAUACCGGCUUGAGUCACUGGAUUCAGGUGACCAUUCGCGCCCAUCCAGAACAUGCAGACGUUGUUGCGCGCAGCUCCAAACUCCCUGUUGGUGACCCCAAGCCGAGUAUGGCCCGCGCGAAAUUCCCUAAGUUAUCCUCCCUGGGAACUUUCACCUCUUCGCAUCAAGAAGGAUCUAUGUCAACAUCGGGUCAUAUAAGGCGGCCGUCUGCGACUCUUGGAUCUAUAAAGGGGAAAGAGGUAGGAAAGGAAUUUCUACAUACGGCUGGAAUGUUAGGGGGUCAAGCCGGAAAGGCUGCCAAGGGUCUCUUUUCUAAGGGCCGAAGUAAAUUGAAGGGUAGUGGAGGAUCUGAAAAGGUAGAUUCUUAA